AUUGCUACGCUUAGUUUCAACUACAAAAUUAGGGUGUGAUAAAAUUAUUACAGUUUUGCUAUGUCUCAGUCGACUAAGACUUCGUUAUAUCUCAGUCGAUGUUAUAUUCCUUUGAUCUUGCAUCGAGAUUCGUGCAAAAAAAUUCUUUUCAGUUUUUUUCUUUUUUUCUUCUUACAGUAUGUCACUUGACUGAGACUUGGUUAAGUCUCAAUCGACUGAGACCUAGUCACACCCAAAUUAUUAUCCCAAAAAUAGUUACUACCCGAUUUCUGAACGGCGGUAAAUAUGUUACUAUUAAGACUUUCGGCACAGUAAUUUAUGUGUGAAAACCGACGCCACAGACCUCACAUUUUCAAGUAUAAGUUACAACUUACAACCUUUAUAAUUGAAGUAGCAAAUUAAGUUCAAGCACGUAGCUCAUUUUAGUACUUCGGUAAUUACGCCUUUAUUUUUUUGAACAGAGUAAUUACGCCUUUAUAGUUAGCUAUAUAUAAGGACGAUGAGCACACCAGUAACCAAAAGCAUAAGCUUGAUCGCAUGUACUGCCCACCCACAGAGUAGCAACCCGUUUCUUUCUUUAAUUACGUCUACGUGAACAAGGGCAAAUACCAUGGAGAUGGGUGGAGCACCAUUCGACGCGCUAAUGUCACUGGACCCCGAGACCUUCGCCAGGGAGUCGCGCGCCGUGAUUAACUUCCUCGCCGGCUACUACCGCGACGUCGAGAAGUAUCCCGUCCAGCCCGAGGCCAUGCCAGGGUGCCUCCGUACGCUUUUACCAGACGCGCCGCCCGAAAAUGGCGAGCAGAUGGACGUGAUAUUGGAGGAGGUAUGGCGACACAUCGUCCCGGCACUGACGCAUUGGCAGAGCCCCAAGUUCUUCGGAUACUUCCAGGCGAACGCGAGUACAGCCGGGUUCGCCGGCGAGAUGCUCUCCACCGGGCUCAACGUUGUACCAUUCACGCGGGCUGCCUCACCGGCCGCAACCGAACUCGAGAGCGUCGUGAUGGACUGGAUGGGCAAGCUGGCGGGCCUCCCGGACUGCUUCCUCUUCUCCGGCGGCGGCGGCGGCGUGUUGCACGGAAGCACAUGCGAGGCCGUGGUAUGCACGCUCGCGGCCGCGCGCGAUCGCGCGCUGAGCAGGCUCAGCCACGAAGGCAUCCUGAGGCUGGUGGUCUACGCCUCAGAUCAGAGUCACUCCACCUUCCAGAAAGGCGCGAGGAUCGUAGGGGUCCCGCGGUCCAACUUCCGCGUUAUCCCGACGUCGGCGGCGUCGAGCUACGGCCUCACCGCGGCCAGCGUCCGCGACGCGGUGGAGGCCGACGUGGCCAGCGGGCUCGUGCCGCUGUACCUGUGCGCCACAGUCGGCACGACCGGGCUCGGCGCGGUUGACCCGGUGCGGGACCUCGGGGAGCUGGCGCGAGAGCACGGCAUAUGGUUGCACGUCGACGCCGCGUACGCAGGGAGCGCCUUGAUCUGCCCCGAGUUCCAUGAAUACAUCGACGGCGCCGAGCUCGCGGACUCGGUGAGCAUGAACCCGCACAAGUGGUUCCUCACCAACAUGGACUGCUGCUGCCUAUGGGUGGCGAGCCCGGCGGCGCUCACUUCCGCACUGUCCACCAACCCAGAAUACCUGAGCAACGUCACAGAAGAAAGUGCCGCCGGUGCAGGUGUGGUGGACUACAAGGACUGGCAGAUCGCGCUGUCACGGCCGUUCCGCGCCAUAAAGCUGUGGGUGGUCCUGCGCCGCUACGGCGGGGCGGGCAUGCGGGCGUACAUACGGAGGCACGUCGAGAUGGCCAGGUGGUUUGAGCGGGCGUUGGAGGCCGACGAGCGGUUCGAGGUGAUAGCGCCGACGAGAUUCUCCCUCGUAACCUUCCCCAUCCGUCCAUGGCAUGAGGGCGACCCUGGCGAUGAUGCCGUUGAUGCCUUGAACCGUAAGCUGCUUGUCGCGGUGAACGGCAGCGGCCGGGCGUUCAUGACGCACUUCAUGGUGGACGGCAAGUUUGUUAUCCGCAUGGCCGUGGGCGGAGCCAUGACCAGGAUGCGGCACGUCCAGGACACGUGGGAGCUUGUCCGGGAGAAGGCCAAGGAAGUCGGCGCCCUCACAAACGACUCCGGGCAAUACUAAGAACGAAACGUGUGCUGAAAUAAAAUACUGAACGUGUGCAUCAAUUGGAACAGAUCGACAUCCAGAAAAUGAAAAGGCAAAUAUAUAUACUAGUAGUACACACAUGAAGAAUCCAAUAAAGAUUAUCUUUUGAGAAACCCAGUUAUAGACGAGAGAUGCUACACUCACCGGUUGUUUACGGGGGUUUAACGGAGU